AAUCUGUAAAAGUUGAACUCAAUAAUUAUUUAAGCAAUGCUCAAUCAAGGUUUUUUCAAUCAUUGAUUCCAUCGAUUCAAGUUUCUUUUCAUUUCUCCUGCUCUUUGCUUUCACUCAUGGACAACAUCAACGUCCAGUUUCUUUCAAUCUUUGUCAUAAAAUGUUUUAUGGUUGGCUUUGCUAUUAGUAUGACUGUGACUAAUCUCACCACAGAUCAGUCCACACUUCUCGAAUUCAAAGGCCAAAUCGUUGAUCAUCACAAUGUUUUGGCUAGUAAUUGGACCACUUCUAGCACAGUCUGCCAUUGGGUUGGCAUUUCUUGCAGUGCCCGCCAUGGAAGAGUCACUGUCUUGGAUCUUUCAGGCCUGGGUCUUGGGGGAAGUCUUGUUCCACACCUAGGAAAUCUGUCGUUCCUGGUCUCACUUAACUUGACUGGCAACAAUUUCCAUGGCAAUCUACCCAAUGAGUUGGCCAAGUUGCGGCGCUUGAAACUCAUUGAUUUGAGUUGCAAUGCUUUUAGUGGGGAGAUUCCUUCAUGGUUUGAAAGUUUAACUACACUUGAAGAAAUACAACUGGGUGGAAAUAGUUUCCAAGGUGAAAUCCCUCGAGAAAUCGGUAAUCUUAAUGCAUUGGAGAUAUUUGCUGCAGAAAAUAUGAGUCUAGUUGGUCCAAUCCCAGCUUCCAUGUUCAAAAUUUCAUCUUUGAAGGAAAUUUAUUUGUCCAAUAAUAAUUUAUCUGGUAAUAUUCCAGAUGAUAUGUGUUACCAUCUUCACCAACUUCAAGUGUUUGACAUAUCCAACAACAAAUUUUCUGGCUACAUUCCUUCAAAUAUAGGAGAAUGCACAAAUCUUCAAACUCUGUUAUUGUCUCUUAAUCAACUCAAUGGGCUCAUUCCUAGAAGCAUCGGAAAUUUAACCAAGCUCAAAAAUGUGUAUUUGAGUGGAAAUUUUUUAAAAGGUGAAAUCCCAUGGGAGAUUGGGAAUCUUAUAGAACUGGAGGUAUUUUAUGCAAAAAAUAUGAGCCUAAGUGGACCGAUUCCACCAUCUAUCUUCAACAUCUCUUCAUUAAAACAAAUUUCUCUCAAUAACAAUUUUCUAUCCGGUAAAUUACCAAACAUGGGAUUGGUUUCAAAUCUUGAAGGGCUUUACCUAAGGAAUAAUAAUCUGAGUGGAAAUAUUCCCGACUCCAUCUCUAAUGCUUCUAGACUCAGAGUUGUAACUUUGAAUGAAAACUCUUUCUCUGGCCAUAUUCCACUUUCCUUUGGCAAUCUAAAAUUCCUUGAGGUGUUGUGCUUUUCGAUGAACCAAUUGACCAUAGAAACUUCGAGUCAUAUGUCGAGCUUUCUUUCUUCCUUGGGAAAUUGUAAGAAUCUAAGAGUUUUGGACAUAGCAUCGAAUCCAUUGAAUGUCACCCUUCCAGCUUCUAUCUCUAAUCUCUCAGCAUCACUGGAAACUUUGCGUGCUCAUGAUUGCAAAAUCAAAGGCGCCAUUCCAACGGAAAUUGGUAGCCUAAGCAACAUUAUAGCUGUGGAGCUUUUUCGAAAUGAAUUAAAUGGGUCUAUUCCAGCUACAAUAGGAAUGCUCCAAAAAGUGCAAGGUUUGUUUCUUGAUGAUAAUAAGUUACAAGGCUCCAUUCCAUACAAUAUUUGUCAUUUGAAGAAACUGAGCUAUUUAUCAUUGAGUGGUAAUAUGCUUCAAGGAUCAAUACCUACAUGUUUGGGUAUUUUGACUUCUUUAAGGACUCUAAAUUUGUCAUCCAACAAGUUGUAUUCGACAAUACCCUUCACCUUUUGGAGCCUUAAUUAUAUUUUGAAGGUAGACUUGUCAUCAAAUUAUUUGAAUGGUUCAAUUCCAAGGGAUAUUGGAAAUCUGAGAGUACUAACAUAUUUGAAUUUGUCAAGGAAUCUAUUUUCAAGUGAUAUUCCAGCCACAAUUGGAGGUCUAAAUGAUUUACAAACUUUGUCCGUGUCUAGUAAUAGAUUACAAGGUUCGAUUCCUACAUCAUUGGGUGACUUGACAAGUUUGGAAACCUUAGAUUUAUCUGAUAACAAUUUCUCUGGGAUAAUUCCUAAGUCUUUGGAAAGACUGACCUAUCUCAAGUACUUUAAUGUGGCUUUCAACAUAUUAGAAGGAGAGAUUCCCACUCAAGGAUGCUUUAGAAACUUCACAGCUAAAUCAUUUAUGAAGAAUUAUGCACUUUGUGGCUCACCUAAAUUACAAGUCCCUCCUUGCAAAAAUUCCAGCCAUGGACUAUUCAAGACCCACAUUGUUCAUGUUAUGACAUAUGGUAUAGUAACAAUUGCUUCCAUAAUAUGGAUAGUUGCUUUCAUCUUUGUCUUAAAAAGGUGCAGGAAAAGGAGCACAAAUCUGUCAAUUGAAGGAAAUUUAUCAACUAUGGAAAUAUUGACAGCAAAUUUGCACAAUAGACUUAUAGAAGCGACUAAUAGAUUUAGUGAUGCCAACUUGCUUGGUUCUGGAAGCUUUGGCUCGGUAUACAAAGGAACACUGUCAGAUGGGACGGCUGUUGCAAUAAAAGUUUUUAACUUGCAGGUAGAAGGAGGAUUUAAGAGUUUUAAUGCUGAAUUUGAAGUUAUGCAAAAUAUACUUCAUCGCAAUCUUGUCAAGAUCAUUAGUUAUUGCUCUUGUAUGGAUUUCAAAGCAUUAGUGCUUGAAUUCAUGCCUAACGGAAGCCUUGAAAAAUGGUUAUAUUCUGGCCAUUAUUUCUUGGAUAUACUACAAAGGAUCAACAUAAUGAUAGAUGUUGCAUCAGCAUUAGAAUACCUCCAUUUGGGACAUCCAAAUCCUAUAAUCCAUUGUGACCUAAAACCAAGUAAUAUCCUACUAGAUGGAGAUAUGGUUGCACAUGUGGGAGAUUUUGGCAUUGCCAAACUGUUGGGAGAGGCAAAUUCCAUGAAACAAACCGUGACACUGGCCACUAUUGGAUAUAUGGCACCAGAAUAUGGAUCUGCAGGAAUUAUUUCUACAAAAAGUGAUGUAUAUAGCUAUGGUAUCUUAUUAAUGGAAAUUUUCACAAGAAAGAAGCCCACAAAUGAAAUUUUUGUUGAAGAAAUAAAUAUGAAGAAUUGGGUGGAAGAAUCACUAUCUAAUGGAACAAUUGCUGCUGCGGAUUCUAGCUUGUUGGGAAAUGAGGAAGAACAUUUUACGGCUAAAGCUAAUUGUAUAUCAUCUAUAAUGAGGUUAGCUUUAAAAUGUUCAGCUGAGUUACCUGAAGAAAGGAAAGAUAUGAAGGAUGUUGGUUUUAUACUUAAGAGAAUCAAAUUAGAGUAUCUAAACGUGAUUCAAGGUAAGAAUUGUUGAAGUAGAUAUUUUGUAUCCUUUUCAAGGUUAUGGAAAAAGCCGUUGAAUUCGUCAAAGAUGUCCAUCCAAGUUUAGAAUUUCCAUCACCUCUCUUCAUUUAGCAAAUUGAAUUCUUCCGUAGUUCCAUGGUAUCUGAUGUUCUAAUUUUAUCAACUAUGUACAAGAUAUGUCUUUUUACUUGUCCUUCUUGUUUAUGUUGAUAAACCAGCAAAUUUUAGAUAGAAUGAUGAGAGAA